AACUUAAAGUGGGAUUCUGAAUAAGUAUAAAUGCUAAUUAAAUUCCGUUUUGAUAUUAUUGAAGAUACACGUGUGCAGAUUUGUUAAAUGGUUUGACCGAAUGUAAACGGUUGAAAAAUGAUUUAGUUGUCUUAAGUGUCAGAGGCUGGGCAGAAGGCUUCAACGAGACCAACUGAAAACGAAACUGAUGAAACAUCAGUUUCAGUUCAGAUUUCUUACUGUUUAGAUUUGUUAAAUGGUUUGAACUAAGAUAAACGGUUGACAAUUGAUUUAGUUACGAUGUCUUCAAUAGUCGAAGUGUCAGAAUAAAGAUCUCAAUAUCUAGGGUUUGAAUGCUACAGCAUUCACACUAAUAAUUUGUUUUUAUUGAAUGAAAUGCGAGUCAACAUUUGGUUUAUGUGCGGCUCGACUGAGUUUGGGAAUCAGGUUUUGUGUGAAGCUGAAAUCACAGCAUCUCCUGCAAACACAUUGGACAGGAAAAGUCAAGACCACCAACUUGUAUAAAAGAGGAGUAAAGGACAGUAGAAAGGUAAAAGAGUAGCAGUAGAAACAGGAUGACUUGACUUGGAAGGGACUCCAAUACGCUGCUAUUCAACAUGUCUCAAUCAGACAACAUGAUUCAACGUACCUGCUUCGUGGAGAUCGACGACGCCUGUGGUGUCUACGCCUUAUCGGACCCAGGGUUGUUCCUGGUGAGCGGAGGGUGCAGUGUGCCUCUGCCUCCUCAAAUCAAAAAGCGCUCCAAAGCCAGCGCCAACUUCACCAGCACCCUGCUGACGGCCUGUGGCUCGGUGGGCGUCUUCACCUACGACCUGGUCCACGAUCAGCACAGAGACUACAACGCCGUGCUGGCCGUCAUGUUCUCGGUGCCCUUUGACUACAACCUCUACAGCAACUGGUGCGGCGCGGGCAUCUUGAACCGCGGCACUGAAUGCGACAAAGACCUCUUCGACCUCAUGUACUACGGCUCGGAGAUGGGCUUCGUCCGGGUCAAAGGGGGCGCCGCUGCCAGAACGUUCAAGGGAGAGAUCGUGGAGGUGGCCGUCAACAUCACGGACUCGAGCAGGGCGGUUCUGACUGUGGAGGUCAAGGAGCUGGGGAGGUUCUAGGACCGGGGAGAUGGAGGGGGUGGCUCUCCGUCUAACCCCUGUCAGUACGACCGGAUCAUUUAUCUAUAAUCAAUAAUCAAUUGAUCAAUCAUCAUGAAUGUGGAUACAAAAAUUCUGUUCACAGGUUCACUAAAGCCACGAUAAUUAAGUUUAAUGUGUCAUUCUUUCACUCUCACCUUUUAUCCUACUCAGCUGAGUACUUCAGUGUACACUUUCCUUGAUUAACUAUACAGUAUAUGAUAUAAAACUAGUUAUAUAGUGUGCUACCA